CCCACCUUACCCGACCAUGGCUCCCCGCCUCAGCCACUGGGGACCCAUCAGUUCCCAACAAUCCGACGGCUUCAGAAUUACAACGAGUUCUUCCCAACGUUCGUCAGCGAAGAGUUGGACUUGGCGAAUCCUAGGUCAUGCCGGAGGCCGUGCCAGAGGUGGCCACCCUGAGCGGCCCGCUGGGCGUGGCCGAGCCAUGGCCUGUACAGCUCUUCGACGAGCGAUUGCGGGGAUCGCCGGGAUCGCCGGGAUCGCCAGUGCUCCUUGGUGAGGAUUUCUGCCUCACCAUCGAAGAGCUGCAUCUCCGCAGCCAGCGCUUGGCCUGGCGCAUCAGCGCAGAAGGCAUCGAAAAGUCAGAAUUUGUGGCCGUUUGCAUGCCACGAGGUCCUGGUUUGGUGGUGGCGUUGUUGGGCGUUUGGCGAGCCGGCAAGGCCUAUGUGCCGUUGGAGCCCAGUUUCCCACCACAGCGCCUUCGCUUUAUACUAGAAGAUUCACAGGCCCAGCUGCUUCUGGCUUCUGCUGAGCUUGAGGUUUCAACGGUUUCAACGGUUUCAACUCCGAUUCUCAGGCUCUUACCAACUGGCGAGCUACCUGCGGACGUCAAUGGUCCAGAUGUUGAGGUGCAGCCCAGAUCCCAUUUGGCGUACCUCAUCUACACCUCUGGAUCAACUGGAACUCCCAAAGGAGUUUUAGUGUCACAGAGCAGUGUCUGCAAUGUGCUUCACGCCUUUGAAAACUCACUUCGAAAGGCCAAAGCAAGUUGUGAUGAUAUCUUUGUCUCUGUGACGACGUUCUGCUUCGACAUUUCGGUCUUGGAGAUGUUCUGGCCACUGUGCUUUGGCUUUCGUUUGUAUUUGUGCUCCAGCGCCGUCACCCGCAGUGGCGCCUUGCUGAAACAAACUCUGGAUGACGCGCGAAAGAUCGAGGGCACUGUCUUCUUCCAGGCCACUCCCAGCAGUUUUAGGUCCCUGCUGAAAGCAGGCUGGGAGGGUGGCCACAACGUGGAGGCCAUUUGCGGUGGCGAGGCCUUUCCUGAUGCUUUGGCCGAACCCUUGCUGCUGCGUUGCGGCAAGUUUUGGAAUGCCUAUGGCCCCACAGAGACCACGAUUUGGUCUGCGCUUCACCAGCUGCAGAGUAGUGAGAUCCCAGUGCCAAUCGGUGGGCCCAUUGCAGGUACAGAACUGCUUGUGGCUACCCUUGAAGGUGAGGGUGAAAUAGACCUUGCAGAAGGCGAAGGCGAGCUGUUGAUUGCUGGCCUUGGUGUAGCAGAUGGAUAUCAUCGUCGGCCAGAACUCACCAGUCAGAAGUUCGUAUCCUUUCCAGGCGCAAAGGCUACAGCUGCGACGGUUUUCCGCAGUGGAGACCUGGUGCGACUCACGCAGCAUUCGGCGCUGCAGUGCCUGGGACGGAUGGAUCACCAGGUGAAAAUCCGUGGCUUCCGUUUGGAGCUCGGAGAAGUUGAAAGCGUCCUAGAGACACAUCCAGAGGUAGAUGCAGCUGCAGUCCUCUUGCUUGAUGCCGGAGAAGGCUCCGAGCUUUCUGCCUUUGUGGCGUCCAAAGACGACGCCUCCACACUACGCGACACGCUGCGCUCGCACCUGGCGGCGCGGCUGCCGAGCUAUGCAGUGCCACAGCGUUUGGCUGUGAUGGAGUCCUUGCCACUGCUUCCCAGCGGCAAAGUGGAUCGGCGGGCCUUAAAAUUUGGGCCCUUGCCACCACCCUUGGCGGACGCGAAGAACGCGACUGACUUGGAAACUUUGGACUCAGUGGAUUGGCGCAAGCCGAGCGCAACACAGGUGGCACAAGAUCUGGAAACUGAGGAGGCACUGCUACGACGAACACUGGUGAAGCUGGUGGCCAUGGUCACCGGCAUCCAGAUCGCGAUCGAGGACGAUGGUCUCAUGGUCUCCCUGGGCAUUGACUCGAUGAGUGCCGUGCCAUUGGCCGAGCUGAUCUCCACACAGCUGCUGAAAGGCGCAGAGAUGCCCUUGGAGGAUCUCUACGUCUACAACACUUUGAACGGACUUUGUCGAUAUUUACAAGGUAGGCUGUCUGAAAUGCCGAUGGUGUCUACAGCAGAGAAACGCAGCUAUGCACAAUUGAAAAAAAGUCGUGCCAAGCCAUCCAACGCUGCAAAGGCAGAGCUGCCGCCUGGCUUGGAGGCUUGUCGCAGUGGAGACCUAAUCAAGCUGAAGCAAAUGCUGUCUGAUGGCUCGUUUGAAACCAGCACAUUGGAUCGCUUUGGCGGCAGCGGUCUUCACUGGGCUGCCAGUGCCGGACACCUGGAGGUCUGCCGUUUGCUGGUGGAACACAAGGCGUCAGUGGACUUUGCUGACAAGAAAUCUGGCCGAACUGCGUUGCACUGGGCUUCAAGACAAGGACAUCUUGAGGUGGUGCAAUGGCUUUUGGCUGAGCAUCAGAUUCCCGUGGACGUGCAAACCAAGGAUGACACUACCCCAUUCCAGCUUGCUGCCUGGGGUGGUCAUGUGCCUCUGUGCGAAUGGCUCCUGUCACAGAAGGCAGAUUUGCACCAUCGCAACUCUUGGUCUUGCCUUGCACAUCACUUUGCUGCUUUAGCAGGGAUGGGCGACUGCUGCAAAUGGCUUCACCAGCAAGGGGUUGACCUUGGAGCAACAAACAAUCAAGGACACAAUGCUUUGCACAAGGCCGCGUACGGUGGUCAUGCAGUGUUGUGUGCGUGGCUGCAGGAGAAUGCAGAUUUGGAUCCUCAUCAAAAAGACGUCAGGGGGCAGACUUGUGCUGCCCUGGCCAAAAAGGCUGGCUUCGAGGAUCUAUCAUGCCAACUUUCUUUUCAAAAUCGACAACCGCACAAACUGAAGAAAAAUACCAAAAUAAAUUAA